AACAUUUAUUCAACCGAUUUAUUUAAUUUAUUGAAGCUGCAUAUGUAUGUUAAGAUACGAUGCAUUGACAAGGAGGUUAUUUUCAUGAUUGUAUAAAUACUGAAUCAAAACUGGAACUCAUCAUCAGUUUGAUCAUAAUCUUACUACAAAACAAUUCAAGAUGAAAAUUUUUUGCAUCGUGUUCGUCGCCUUGUUCGCCAUGGCUACCAGUGCUUCUAUUAGUGGUCAGAUUAUUCAAGUCAGUAAGCCUCGGCUUGUGCCAGCAGUUCAGAAACCAAGUGUCAAAGUAGUGUCAGUAACCCAACAUCGCGUAGUACCUGUUGUUCAACAACGCUUAGUGCCAGUAGCUAAAGCAAAAUUAGUGCAAGUUUCUGUACCACGCCCAACUGCCCAGCCACGCCUUAUUAUCUCUAAGGUUUCCCAGUCCCAGCCACUCUUAGUUCCAGCUGCUAAGCCUCGUGUCCAAGUACAAGUUGUUCGUUCUCAACAACAACCAGCUCGUCCACUUUCUCUUGCACAAGGACUUCGUCCCGGUUCACAAGUUCAUCAUGUUCAAGUUAUUAAGAAAUCAAAUUAA